AUGCAAAGUAACAGCCUAUUGAAUGUUGUGCGAAGCACUCAUUCUGGCUACUUUAAAAAGAUGAUUAUUUUGAAUUGCAAAGUACAUCCUAAAUCGAUAUAUAGAUUAUUUUCAUCUUCUGUGGGACAUAGACCUGCUACAAAGUUGAAUUAUACCCCUUUCAAAUCUCAUAUCCCAAGAACAGAGUCCAGAAGUACUAGUUUGGCUCUAUCACCUUUAAGGAAUAUCAAUAGUAAUUCUCUGAUGCUUCGACGAACAUUCCAUGGCUCAUCCAUUAAUCACACUACUCCUCUGAACACCCAGUACCAGAAAAUGAAAUCAGGCCUAAAAUGGUUGCUAAUACGAGAUAAAGAAAGGCCCUUUUCCAAAAAUGAACUAGGUACGUUGUUUCCGUGGAUUAUACUAUCUCAAGUCGUGUGGCUGAUAUUAAAGACCACAACAGCUGUGUCGUUACUAUUACUUUUCUUCAAUACUGUCUUCGCUAAGGAAUUAGUUGGUCAGACUAUUGGGGAUUUAUUGAAUCUUUUCAAUGAUGAUAUUAACAUCAAAUUUCAAGAUGCCCUUGUUCCUGAAUGGAAAAAGGGUUUUAUCAAGUUUCACAACGUUGAAUUGAAAACUAAUGAGAAUCAAAAAAAUAAUUUUUUGGAAUUUGAUUUAAACUUUCAUCAGAUUGAAAUAAAUCUAUCUUUGAAAAAAUGGAUUCAAGGACAUGGUCUAAUCAAUGAUCUGAAAAUAUUAGGAAUGAGAGGUGACACAGUGAUUAAUCAUAACAGUGAUAGCGAGGACAAAAAUGCAUUACUUAUAAAUUGGUUCAUGAACCAUAAUUAUCAACUAAACAAUAUCACCGUAAGUGAUUCUUCUUUCCAACUAAUUGAAAAUCAUGCUGCUAGAAAUAGAGGAACCACUUUUUACAACAUAUCUAUUUUCAACCUCGAUAUUCCUAAACUGAGAUUCAAUCAAAUGGUUGUAGAUUUUCUGAAUGCAAAUGUGAUAACAGGCUCAAUCAAUAAUUCAAUGUUCAGUUUUCAUAAGAGGCAGCAUAAAUUAUCAUAUUUGAAUGAUUUGAAAAAUGAUUUAUCUUCAUCUUGGAAGAGAAUUACAAGACUUAGAUUGAAUUCAAUCAAUGUUUCCAAGAUUGGUUUAGCUGAUACAGACACUUUUAACUGGAUUCAAGAUGGUAAUGUCGAUAUUAUAGCAGAUAUUAUGUUACCUCAUAACGAUGAAGAUUUAUCAGAUAAAUAUCUCGUUAUUGACUUGAAAUUCAAGUUUAAAGAUUUAAAAGCUUCAUUGCCUGCAAAACCACCAACUUUAUCCACUGGUGAAAAAAUUAUGUCAUUAGAUGAAUUGAAACCAAUUGUUUCAUUUGUUAAUUUACAAAGAAUAUUGUCUCACGAGUCUACUUAUGAUAAUAGUGAGCCACAGAUAGGUCAUCCAAUGCCAAACGUCUCAAUUAGAAGAAAAAGAUCAUAUCCAAAUGUCACAAUAUUGAGAUCGAAAGAGGACGAUAAGAAAACAAUUAUCAAGUUUCAUGAUUCAAGGGAAACAAUAUCGAAUGGUAAUGACUCUAAGAUAGUUGCAGGUAAUGGUUAUAAUCCAGUUGAUAAUGAAAUUAUUUUAAAUUGUCGGAUUGUCAAAAACAUUAAGAGUUUGGAAAAUACAGUACUAUUCCAAGAAACUGGCAUCUAUGAUCAAUUGAGUAUGGAACUUUACGUUGAUUUACUAAAAAUGGUAGAAGAAUGGGAGUUUAAAAACAAAGAUCAAUGGAUGCGACAUUGGGGAAGUUCAUUUGCUUCCCAAUUAUUAUUAUUUGGUUUUACCAAUAACGCUUUAAUUUAG